AUGACCAUCAAACAGAUUCCGAAUUUUGAAAAGCGGAAUAAUAUAUCGAUCAACGUAUACAUUUUGAAAAAGAAGAAGAAGAACUAUACGAUCCUCCCAACCUUCCUAACAAAGAACAAGAAGGAUAAACAUGUGAAUCUUCUUCUUGUUCAGGAUAAAUAUGACGAGCAAGGUACUCCGAUUAGAUAUCAUUACGUUUGGAUAAAAAAUCUAUCCCGCCUCCUCUCCAAACAGCUUAGCAAACGUGAUGGAACAAAAUAUUUCUGUGAUGCCUGCCUCCAUUACUUUCGAUCACAGAAACAGUUAAAUGUUCAUAAGACAUGCUGCAAAGGGCGAUCUGAUAUUAUAUGUGAUAGGUGUUUACAGCCAUAUCCAUCGUCUACACAGCUAGAAGCUCACACCAACGAUUGUGAUAGAAUAAAUGAACCAGCCAUCAAAAUGCCUGAGGAAAGUCGUAAAAUACUUAGAUUUAAGAAUUAUAAGAAUAAGAUUAAAGCCCCCUUUGCCGUAUAUGCAGAUCUCGAAAGUGCAUUGAAACGUACGGGAGAUCCUAAGAAACAUCAGGAACAUAUUCCUGUAGCAGUUGGGUAUUUCUUCAAAUGUUCAUAUGAUGAUACUCUCUCUUUUUAUAACUCUUAUCGAGGAAAGGACUGCAUGAAAUGGUUUGCAGAUGAACUUAAUCAGCUUGCUGAGAAUGUAUCUACAGUGUUUAUGUGCCCAUAUGAUAUAAAUAUGACAUCUCAGCAGGAAAGUGAUUUUCAUGCAGCCACUCAUUGCCAUAUCUGCGAGCAGCGCUUCUCCCCCAGUGAUAAGAAAGUGCGUGACCACGAUCACCUCACUCCAGAACAUAACUAUAGAGGUGCGAGUCACGAAGGGUGUAACAUUAAUUACAAAGAUGCUCACACUAUCCCAGUGAUAUUUCACAACCUUAGCGGAUAUGACGCCCACUUCAUUGUUAACGAUAUUGCCACACACAUCAAAGGUCCCGUAGAUCUUCUUCCUAUUACUAAGGAAAAAUAUAUCUCUUUUACGAAACACAUCGAUGAUGCUCGAAUUAAAUUCCGUUUUAUCGAUAGUUUUCGAUUCAUGGCUUCUUCUCUCGAUAAGCUCUCUUCAUAUUUAACCGAAUAUCCUAACCUUCGCUCUCAAUAUACUUCGCUUCCUGAGGAAAAUUUCCAUCUUGUAACUAAGAAAGGUAUCAUGUCAUAUGAUUAUAUUGAUUCUUCUGAAAAAUUUACUGAAACGUCUCUACCUCCUAUCCUAUCCCUACUCUCCUACCUUCCUCCUAUCGAGUCUUUUUAUAAUAAACUUGAGGAUAAACCAUGUCCUCGUAGGCAUUAUCGUAGAGCCCAUGACGUCUGGUCUUCAUUCUCCUGCUCCACUCUCGGGGAUUAUGUCGAUUCAUACAUGAAAACGGACAUUCUUUUUCUUGCAGACGUCUUUGAGCAAUUUCGAUCCAGUUGUCUCACAACAUAUAAUCUUGACCCAGCUCAUUACUUUACUCUUCCUGGCUUCACGUGGGAUGCAAUGCUUAAGCAUACACAACAGGAACUGGAGCUUUUAACAGAUCCAGAUAUGUUUUUAUACGUGGAGCGUGGUAUUCGUGGUGGUUUAAGUCAAGUAUGCUCGAAACGCCGCGUCCACGCUAAUAACAAGUAUAUGGAAUCUUACGAUCCAUCAAAGGCCGACUCCUAUUUGAUGUAUUUCGAUGUCAAUAAUCAAUAUGGCUGGGCGAUGUCACAAUUCCUUCCGUAUGGAGGGUUCGAGUGGGUCGAUACCAACAUUGAUGUCCUGUCCAUACCUGACGAUGCUUCUCAAGGGUACUUUCUCGAGGUUGAUCUGGAGUACCCUCAACAUAUCCACGAUCGUCAUAAAGAUCUUCCAUUUUGUCCCCAAUCAUUGAACCCUAAAACUAUGCUUCCCCCUAAACGUCCGCGAGAGCAAACCAAAUUAAUGGCUACCCUUCAUGAUAAAGAAAGAUACGUAAUUCAUUACAGGGCAUUGAAGCAGGCACUAGCACACGGAUUGGUACUCAUAAAGAUUCGCCGAGUCCUGAAAUUUAAGCAGUCUCCUUGGCUAAAGAGCUACAUUGACUUGAAUACAAAUCUCCGGAAGGCUGCGAAAAAUGAAUUUGAGAAAAAUCUCUUCAAGCUCAUGAACAACGCUGUGUUCGACAAGACCAUGCAGAAUGUGCGCAAGCGCGUUGAUAUUAAAUUGCUAACUGAAUGGGAGGGUCGUUACGGAGCUGAAGCCAGAAUAUGUAGUCCCCUGUUUAAGAAUGCUACUAUUUUUAAUGAAAACUUGGUAGCUGUCGAGAUGCGGAGAGUGGAAAUAUGGUUAGAUAAACCAAUAUAUGUGGGCAUGAGUAUAUUGGAUUUGGCUAAAACUACGAUCUACGAUUUCCACUAUGGGUAUUUGGAUGGAAGGUUUGGUGAGAACUUUACGACCUGCUAUACAGAUACCGAUAGUGUGAUCGUGGAGAUUCGGGAAAAAGAUCCCUAUGAGGCUAUGAAAACAGACUGUCAUCAGCACUUUGACACGUCUGACUAUCCUACAGACAAUAUUUAUGGCAUCCCCCAGGUUAACACGAAGGUGUUGGGUAUGAUGAAGGAUGAGAAUAAUGGAUGCAUUAUGACUGACUACAUAGCCCAGAUAACACAGUAUUUUCCUGGGACAUCCCAUUAA